AUGAAAUCAAUCUCUUUUUUAUUCCUUCUUACAUUGGUGACUGCAACACCUCCUGCUUGUUUCUUAAGUUGUAUUAAUGAAGUAGCUCAUACUUGUCCAAGAGAACAUAUAGAUAUAUAUACUCUUUGUGUCAAAAGAGAUUCAGUAAUUGGUUGUUUGGUUGACAUCUGUCCAUAUGGGAACUUUGAAUCGGCAAGAGAUCAUUUCCUAGGAACUUGUUUAGAACAUAUCCAUGAUAAACCAUCGAAGCCAGAUUUUAUAUCGUCUUUACCACCACAACAUACUGAAAUUAUUGAUCAUUCUAAAAUUACUUUGCAACCAACUAAAAUAUUACAAAUCCCAGCAGAGAUUACCGUAAUUCCAAAUAAAAGAUUGAAAAUUGUUAGAAAUUCAAAGAAUUCUCCAUCAGAGAAUCCUCAAGUUAUUUAUGAUCUGUCUCAUGGAAGAUCCAGAAAUGCUCCUCCUCCCGCACCAGGCAGAAAUAUUAUUAAAGAAUCAUCUUAUCUGGAAAUUGAAAGGAAAGAAUCUGCUUUCAACUCUAAUAAGAAAUUAUAUAGAAAAUAA